CCUGCAUCUGCCGGACCAGCUCGGGCAUGCGGUCCCAGUGGCCCUCGGCGCGGCAGCGCUCCAGCUCGCUCUCUAUCUUCAGGUGUUGAGGAGUCUUUGAUAAUGGCUUUCAGCUGAGAAUGAAACCAGGGCUUAAAAAUCACCAUAAGACUUUUUUUCUGUGUGGAAAGAGAUCUACCUUAAAGAGGUACCGGCGACCAUGACAUCUCUGUGGCUGCUCAGAACCCCCUUCCUGUGCAGCCUGCUCUGGGCCUUCUGGGCCUCAGGUACCAGGGCUGAGGAGCACGGGGCUGGCUCUUCCCAUCCCAGCAGCGUGGGUCUGGAUAAGCACACAGUGCACGACCAAGAGCAUAUCAUGGAACAUCUAGAAGGUGUCAUCAACAAACCAGAGGCGGAGAUGUCCCCACAAGAACUGCAGCUCCAUUAUUUCAAAAUGCAUGAUUAUGAUGGCAAUAAUUUACUUGACGGUCUAGAACUCUCCACAGCCAUCACGCAUGUCCAUAAGGAGGGAGGGAACGAACAGGCACCACCCAUGAGCGAAGAGGAACUGAUUAACUUAAUAGAUGGUGUUUUAAGAGACGAUGACAAGAACAAUGAUGGAUACAUCGACUAUGCUGAAUUUGCAAAAUCACUACAAUAGACAUUAUUUGACUGUCUCCUAGUUUUUAUGCAAAUGUGACCCAUUAUAAUGUGAUUGAACACUUUGCGUAAUGCAGAAUAAUUCAUUUCCAACUACUGCUGAAGUAUUUUGGUAAAAACCUGUAGCAGGUGUUACACUGGUGUGAGAAAGAGAAGUCAAGAGAAAUAAAAGAGAAGUGAAAUGGGACAUGUUGUAGUCCCCAAGCACUGUUAAAUCUCCUGUUGGACAAGGGCUACAGUGAACAUGUACGCCUUAAAAAGACUAAAGAAUAUUUUAGGAAUAUUGGAUAAUUGGAGCUGAGUACUCAGGAACAUGACUAUAGAAUACCGCUAGUCUCUUGGUUUUAAUUCAUGCUACCUGAAAGGUAAGACAAGCUUUGCCAGGUAGACACACUUUUCAGUAGCAGUGAAGGAAUGGAAUCAAUGCCAAAUGUUCCCCCUUGUGGGUCCUGUCUCUUCAGGUAAACGUGGUCAGUAUUCUGUCAAGUUCCCUGGCUUAAAUGAUUAUGUGCUUUGGGCAAGUGAGUAUUGAUUAAGCUAUUUCCAAUCCACAGCAUAACACAAAUGCCAGGUAUUGAGUUCAGCUAGCCAGAGUCUGUAUCUUCUGGCACUUUGGAUAUGAUACACCACUGACCUAAGUGAUUAACUUUUUCAGCUUUUCAAUAUUCUAUAAAACUACUGCCAUUUCUUUAUAUUUUAUUUCUUUUAUGUCUUCUUCAACCUGGAAGAGACCUUGAAUAUAAAAGUGUUCUCUAAUCAAUAGCAAAUGUUUUAGCUUUCUUCAUAUUUGUAUUUAACUCUUGUUUCUAGGGUUUUGUUUUUGUAGUUCAGAAACAUAGGAAUGCAAGAAUUUAUCCCUUCUGCUUGAUACAGCGGGAGUAAAACUACUAGCUGCCGCAGUCUAAGUGGAAAGGUUAUUCACCAAGCACAGUGAUUAACCUGAUACAAGUUGUAUUUAGAAGGAGCGUUGUUUAAAUGACCUCUUCUAGCCUAAAUAUGUGAAUUCUUUCAGAUCAGGAAAGAUUAGAAAAAGAAGCCUAAAAACUUAACUGCCGUCUCUCGGCCUACAGUGUGAGUCUCAAUAGUUGCAAGUGAGAAGCAGCAGCAAAUUGUAAUUUGGCUUAUUGGAUGUGAUGGACGUACUGUGAUAGAAGAUCAUGAAAUGAUGAUUGAAUGGGGGAAAACUGCAUAUAAUUUGCUGUAAUAUGUAUAGAGACUUAUUUUCUUUAUUGAAGUAUUCUUAUAAGAAAACAUGUAUUUGUAAAAAUGAUUUCCUGUGUCAUGUAUUUGUGCAAUGAGAGUUGAAUUAUAAACUAUUCUUAUAAAAUCUAGUUAUUUUGAAAGAUUUAUAUAAUGAAU